AUGCCUGUACUUGGGGUUGCCUCAAAACUGAGACAGCCAGCUGUUGGGUCAAAGCCUGUUCAUACUGCUCUUCCGAUACCAAAUCUGGGCACUACUGGGUCACAGCCCUAUUCUUCAAGACCUUUGGAACUUACUGAACCAGAGAGCUCAAUGCUUUCUUGUCAGCUCACAUUAAAAUCAACCUGUGAAUUUGGAGAGAAGAAACCCUUCCAAGAAAAAGCUAAAGAGACAGAAGACAGUAAGAUUUAUACUGACUGGGCCAACCACUACCUAGCAAAAUCGGGCCACAAGCGGCUGAUCAAGGAUUUGCAGCAAGACAUUGCAGAUGGAGUCCUGCUAGCCGAAAUCAUCCAGAUCAUUGCAAAUGAAAAAGUUGAAGAUAUCAAUGGAUGUCCUAGGAGUCAAUCUCAGAUGAUUGAAAAUGUUGAUGUCUGCCUUAGUUUUCUAGCAGCCAGAGGAGUAAAUGUUCAAGGUCUAUCCGCUGAAGAAAUAAGAAAUGGAAACUUAAAAGCCAUUCUAGGGCUGUUUUUCAGUUUGUCUCGCUACAAGCAGCAACAACACCAUCAACAACAGUAUUACCAGUCUCUGGUGGAGCUUCAGCAGCGAGUCAGCCACGCCUCCCCUCAGGCAGAAGCCAGUCAGGCCAAAACCCAACAAGAUAUGCAGUCCAGUCUGGCAGCCAGAUAUGCAACUCAGUCUAAUCACAGUGGAAUUGCAACCAGUCAAAAAAAGCCUACUAGGCUUCCAGGUCCCUCUAGGGUACCAGCUGCCGGCAGCUGCAGCAAGGUCCAGGGAGCCUCUAAUUUAAAUAGGAGAAGUCAGAGCUUUAACAGCAUCGACAAAAACAAGCCUCCAAAUUAUGCAAAUGGCAAUGAAAAAGAUUCCUCCAAAGGACCUCAGCCAUCUUCAGGUGUCAAUGGUAACACGCAGCCCCCUGGCACCGUGGGGCAGCCCCCCGCCUCUGCCAUCCCUUCUCCGAGCGCCAGCAAGCCCUGGCGGAGCAAGUCCAUGAAUGUCAAGCACAGCGCCACCUCCACCAUGCUGACCGUGAAGCAGUCCAGCCCAGCCACCUCCCCCACACCACCUGCAGACAGACUGAAGCCCCCUGUCUCAGAAGGGGUCAAAACAGCCUCCACGGGACAGAAAUCCAUGCUUGAAAAAUUCAAGCUGGUCAAUGCGCGGACUGCUUUACGCCCCCCACAGUCUCCCAGCUUGGGGCCCAGUGAUGGGGGGAAGGAUGACGAUGCCUUUUCUGAAUCUGGUGAGAUGGAAGGUUUUAACAGUGGUCUGAAUAGUGGUGGCUCAACCAAUAGCAGUCCCAAAGUGUCCCCUAAAUUAGCCCCUCCAAAAGCUGGAAGCAAAAAUCUCAGCAAUAAAAAGUCUUUGCUACAGCCAAAGGAAAAAGAGGAAAAGAACAGGGACAAAAAUAAAGUUUGCACUGAAAAACCAGUCAAGGACGAGAAGGAUCAGGUGACAGAGACAGCUCCGAAAAAGACCUCUAAAAUUGCAAGCUUGAUCCCAAAGGGUAGCAAGACGGCAGCGGCCAAGAAAGAAAGCCUAAUCCCCUCUUCCAGUGGCAUUCCAAAACCGGGCUCGAAGGUGCCCACAGCAAAGCAGACCGUUUCACCAGGCAGUGCAAUGAGCAAAGAGUCGGAGAAAUUCAGGACUACCAAGGGAAGCCCUUCCCAGUCCUUACCUAAGCCCACGAGCACUGAGAAAGCAAGCACAUCCAAUUGCCCUGCUCCUUUGGAAGGAAGGGAAGCCAGCCACGCCCCUCCCGCCGGCUCCUGUGCUGUGCUGGUGGCACCAGGCGGGGGGCAGGCCACGGGGAACGGUGCUGUCCACCUCCCCCAGCAGCAGCAACACAGCCACCCCAACACGGCCACGGUGGCUCCAUUCAUCUACAGAUCACAUUCAGAAAAUGAAGGCACCUCUUUACCAUCUGCUGAGUCCUGUACCAGUCCUACUAAGAUGGAUUUAUCAUAUAAUAAAACUGCUAAGCAGUGCCUAGAGGAGAUAUCUGGUGAAGACCCUGAAACAAGGAGAAUGAGAACAGUUAAAAACAUAGCAGAUUUGAGGCAAAAUUUAGAGGAGACUAUGUCCAGUCUUCGUGGGACCCAGAUAAGCCACAGCACCCUGGAGACAACAUUUGACAGCACUGUGACAACAGAAGUGAAUGGAAGGACCAUACCCAACUUGACAAGCCGACCCACUCCCAUGACCUGGAGGUUGGGUCAGGCGUGUCCUCGACUUCAGGCUGGAGAUGCUCCCUCCCUGGGGGCUGGCUACUCCCGCAGUGGUACCAGCCGAUUCAUUCACACAGACCCCUCGAGGUUCAUGUACACAACACCUCUCCGUCGAGCAGCCGUCUCUCGACUAGGAAACAUAACCCAAGUUGACAUGAGUGAGAAAGCAAGCAGUGACCUGGACAUGUCUUCUGAAGUUGACGUUGGUGGAUAUAUGAGUGAUGGUGAUAUCCUUGGAAAAAGUCUCAGGGCUGAUGACAUCAACAGUGGGUACAUGACAGAUGGAGGGCUGAACCUGUAUACUAGAAGUCUGAACCGAAUACCAGACACAGCCACUUCCAGAGACGUCAUCCAGAGAGGAGUUCAUGAUGUGACAGUGGAUGCAGACAGCUGGGAUGACAGCAGCUCUGUGAGUAGUGGUCUCAGUGACACCCUUGAUAACAUCAGCACCGAUGACUUGAACACCACAUCCUCGGUCAGCUCUUACUCCAACAUCACUGUCCCCUCCAGGAAGAACACCCAGCUGAAGACAGAUUCAGAGAAACGCUCUACAACAGACGAGACAUGGGAUACUACUGAGGAGCUGAGAAAAACAGAAGAGGACUUCGACAGCCAUGGGGAUGGCGCUGGCAAGUGGAAGGGUGUUUCCUCAGGACUUCCUGAAGACCCCGAGAAGACAGGGCAGAAAGCCUCCCUGUCCAUCUCACAGACAGGUUCCUGGAGGAGGGGCAUGUCUGCCCAAGGAGGAGCGCCAUCUAGGCAGAAAGCUGGAACGAGUGCACUCAAGACCCCGGGGAAAACUGAUGAUGCCAAAGCUUCUGAGAAAGGCAAAACUCCCCUGAAAGGAUCAUCUCUACAGAGGUCUCCUUCAGAUGCUGGCAAAAGCAGUGGAGAUGAGGGGAAAAAGCCCCCCUCAGGCAUUGGAAGAUCCACAGCUCCCGGCUCUUUUGGUUUUAAGAAACCAAGUGGAGUAGGGUCAUCUACUAUGAUCACAAGCAGCGGAGCAACAAUAACAAGUGGGUCGGCCACCCUGGGUAAAAUUCCCAAAUCUGCUGCCAUUGGUGGGAAGUCAAAUGCAGGGAGAAAAACCAGUCUGGACGGAUCCCAGAAUCAGGAUGAUGGUGUCCUGCACGUGAGCUCCAAGACCUCCCUCCAGUACCGCAGCCUGCCCCGCCCUUCAAAAUCCAGCACCAGCGGCAUCCCUGGCCGAGGCGGCCACAGGUCCAGCACCAGCAGUAUCGAUUCCAACGUCAGCAGCAAGUCAGCUGGUGCCUCCACCUCGAAACUCAGAGAACCCACUAAGAUUGGGUCAGGGCGCUCGAGCCCCGUCACUGUCAACCAGACGGACAAGGAAAAGGAAAAAGUAGCUGUCUCAGAUUCAGAGAGCGUUUCUUUGUCAGGUUCCCCCAAAUCCAGCCCCACCUCUGCCAGUGCCUGUGGGACCCAAGGGCUCAGGCAGCCAGGAUCCAAGUAUCCUGACAUUGCCUCACCUACAUUUCGAAGGUUGUUUGGUGCCAAGGCAGGUGGCAAAUCUGCCUCUGCACCUAAUACUGAGGGUGUGAAAUCCUCCUCAGUAAUGCCCAGUCCUAGUACCACAUUAGCGCGGCAAGGCAGUCUGGAAUCACCGUCGUCCGGUACGGGCAGCAUGGGCAGUGCUGGUGGGCUAAGUGGCAGCAGCAGCCCUCUCUUCAGUAAGCCCUCAGACUUAACUACAGACGUUAUAAGCUUAAGUCACUCGUUGGCUUCCAGCCCAGCGUCGGUCCACUCUUUCACAUCAGGUGGUCUCGUGUGGGCUGCCAAUCUGAGCAGUUCCUCUGCCGGCAGCAAGGACACUCCGAGUUACCAGUCCAUGACUAGCCUCCAUACGAGCUCUGAGUCUAUUGACCUCCCCCUCAGCCAUCAUGGCUCCCUGUCUGGACUGACCACAGGCACUCACGAGGUGCAGAGCCUGCUCAUGAGAACGGGUAGUGUGAGAUCUACUCUCUCAGAAAGCAUGCAGCUUGACAGAAAUACACUACCCAAAAAGGGACUAAGAUACACUCCAUCAUCUCGGCAGGCCAGCCAAGAAGAGGGCAAGGAGUGGCUGCGCUCCCAUUCCACCGGAGGGCUGCAGGAUGCUGGCAACCAGUCCCCUCUGCUCUCCCCUUCUGCCAUGUCAUCUUGCGCCACAGGAAAAUAUCACUUUUCCAACUUGGUGAGCCCAACCAAUCUGUCUCAGUUUAACCUUCCUGGGCCCAGCAUGAUGCGCUCAAAUAGCAUCCCAGCCCAAGACUCUUCCUUCGAUCUCUAUGAUGACUCCCAGCUUUGUGGGAGUGCCACGUCUCUGGAAGAAAGGCCACGUGCCAUCAGUCACUCGGGCUCAUUCCGAGACAGCAUGGAAGAAGUUCAUGGCUCUUCAUUAUCACUGGUCUCCAGCACUUCUUCUCUUUAUUCAACAGCUGAAGAAAAAGCUCAUUCAGAGCAAAUCCACAAACUGCGGCGAGAGCUGGUUGCAUCACAAGAAAAAGUUGCUACUCUCACAUCUCAACUGUCAGCAAAUGCUCACCUCGUAGCAGCUUUUGAAAAGAGUUUAGGGAAUAUGACUGGCCGACUGCAAAGUCUAACCAUGACAGCAGAACAGAAGGAGUCUGAACUUAUAGAACUAAGAGAAACCAUUGAAAUGCUGAAGGCCCAGAACUCUGCUGCCCAGGCAGCUAUUCAGGGAGCGCUGAACGGUCCAGACCACCCUCCCAAAGAUCUCCGCAUCAGAAGACAGCAUUCCUCUGAAAGUGUUUCUAGUAUCAACAGUGCCACAAGCCAUUCCAGCAUUGGUAGUGGUAAUGAUGCUGACUCCAAGAAAAAGAAAAAGAAAAACUGGGUGAACUCUAGAGGAAGUGAGCUGAGAAGCUCAUUCAAACAAGCCUUUGGGAAGAAAAAGUCCACCAAGCCUCCUUCCUCACAUUCGGACAUUGAAGAGCUCACUGACUCAUCCCUCCCAGCAUCACCAAAAGUGCCGCAUAAUGUGGGUGACUGUGGGUCCACAUCCAUGAAGCCCUCACAGUCAGCCUCAGCGUCACCCCUUGUCUGGCCACCAAAGAAACGGCAAAAUGGCCCUGUGAUCUACAAACAUAGAUCCCGGAUCUGUGAAUGCACGGAGGCUGAGGCAGAGAUAAUUCUGCAGCUGAAGAGUGAGCUCAGAGAAAAGGAAUUAAAAUUAACAGAUAUUCGACUGGAAGCCCUCAGCUCUGCUCAUCAUCUUGACCAGAUCCGGGAAGCUAUGAACCGGAUGCAGAAUGAAAUAGAAAUACUGAAGGCAGAAAAUGACCGGUUGAAGGCAGAAACUGGUAACACGGCUAAGCCUGCUCGUCCACCGUCAGAAUCCUCAAGUAGCACAUCCUCCUCAUCUCCACGGCAGUCGUUAGGACUUUCCCUAAACAAUCUGAACAUCACAGAGUCUGUUACCUCAGAUGUUUUGCUAGAUGAUGCUGGUGCUGGUGAUGCAACUGGACACAAAGAUGGCCGCAGUGUGAAAAUUAUCGUCUCCAUAAGCAAGGGCUAUGGCCGAGCAAAGGAUCAGAAGUCUCAGGCAUAUUUGAUAGGAUCCAUUGGCGUUAGUGGAAAAACCAAGUGGGAUGUCUUAGAUGGUGUAAUUAGACGUCUCUUUAAGGAAUAUGUGUUCCGAAUUGAUACAUCCACUAGCCUUGGUCUGAGCUCUGACUGCAUUGCUAGCUACUGUAUAGGAGAUUUAAUUAGAUCCCAUAGCCUAGAAGUGCCUGAACUGCUGCCUUGUGGAUACCUUGUUGGAGAUAAUAACAUCAUUACUGUGAACCUGAAAGGGGUAGAAGAAAACAGUUUGGACAGUUUUGUUUUUGAUACACUGAUUCCUAAACCAAUUACCCAAAGGUACUUUAACUUGUUGAUGGAGCAUCACAGAAUUAUACUCUCAGGACCUAGUGGUACUGGAAAGACCUAUUUAGCAAAUAAACUUGCUGAAUAUGUAAUAACCAAAUCUGGGAGGAAAAAAACAGAGGAUGCAAUUGCCACUUUUAAUGUGGACCACAAGUCAAGUAAGGAGUUGCAACAGUAUCUAGCUAACCUGGCUGAACAGUGCAGUGCUGAUAAUAAUGGUGUAGAACUCCCUGUUGUAAUAAUCCUUGAUAAUCUUCAUCAUGUGGGCUCUUUGAGUGAUAUCUUCAAUGGUUUUCUCAACUGUAAAUACAACAAAUGUCCAUAUAUUAUUGGAACAAUGAAUCAGGGAGUUUCUUCAUCACCAAAUCUAGAGCUGCAUCACAAUUUCAGGUGGGUGCUAUGCGCGAACCACACAGAACCAGUGAAAGGCUUUUUAGGCAGAUAUCUUCGAAGGAAACUGAUAGAGAUAGAGAUUGAAAGGAACAUACGCAAUAAUGACUUAGUCAAAAUUAUAGAUUGGAUUCCUAAGACAUGGCAUCAUCUCAACAGUUUUUUGGAAACACACAGUUCUUCUGAUGUUACCAUUGGCCCCCGACUUUUCCUUCCUUGUCCUAUGGAUGUAGAAGGUUCUAGAGUGUGGUUCAUGGAUCUCUGGAACUAUUCUUUGGUACCUUACAUUCUGGAGGCAGUGAGAGAAGGUCUUCAGAUGUAUGGGAAACGGGCACCUUGGGAAGACCCCUCAAAGUGGGUGCUUGACACAUACCCAUGGAGCUCAGCAUCUCUGCCUCAGGAUGGUCCAACAUUACUUCAGUUGCGACCAGAAGAUGUUGGGUAUGAGGGCUGCGUAGCCACUAAGGAAGCCACAACCUCGAAGCACAUUCCACAGAGUGACACAGAAGGGGAUCCUCUGAUGAAUAUGCUAAUGAAACUCCAAGAAGCAGCCAAUUACUCGGGCACACAAAGCUGUGACAGCGAUAGCACCAGCCACCAUGAAGACAUUCUAGAUUCAUCUCUUGAAUCCACUCUCUAG